GACGACGAGCGUCGAGCGGCGUCGGCGUCGACGUCCUACCGGCGCGACGCGAGAAUCUCGUCGUCGUUUCCUACCUUGAGAGAGAAAUCGAGUCCGACUCGUGCGGGGGUGCGGGCCGCACACGGUUCGCCGGAAAAGUCCUCGCGGAAAUAUUCAACGACCUUUCGAUAAAACCCUGGAAUAUAUAUACACAUAUAUAUAUUGAUAUAUAUAUAUAUAUAUAGAUAUAUAUACGUCCUAUAUAUACAAGUAGUUAUUAAACAUAUUAUUGGCAGCCGAUACAACAAUUUAACGAGUUUGGGACCCUGUUUCCAUUUUCUUUUUUUUUUUUAAUCUAUAUACAUAUUUAUAUACGUACAUAUAUACAUAUAUGUGCAUUUAUAUGUAUGUAUAUAUAUACUAAAUGUAUAAAUAUAUGUAUACAGAGACGAAUGUAUUACGUGAAUAUACGUAGGUGUAAUUUCUCAUUUCAUUUCUUUGAUCGCUCGUGUUGCCGAGAAAUAAAUUUUCCCGCGUCCGAUUUGAUGAAGGAAGAAAGAUAAGGGGAAAGACAGAAAGAGAGAGAGAGAGAGAGAAAGAUAAUCACAAAGUGAAGUAAGUAAUCGUCGUGAUUCGUGAAAGGGAAUUUCCUGCUUUGGAGAGAGACCUUCCAUUCCUUCUAUUUCUUCGAGAAGAUAAGAUAAAGGUGAGAAGGUCAAAAAAUAAAAAAUAAAAUCCAAUGAAAUAAAAAGAAGAUUCGAGGUUUGGAUUGUAAAAGAAAGUAUGGUAUUUCUAUGCGCGUGUUCUGUGUCUUCUUUCAUCCUGGAUUAGAAGAAGAAGAAGAAAAAGAAGAAGAAAAAUAAUAAUAAUAAGAAGAAGAAACCAACUCAAAGAAGGAAAAGGGCACAAAAGGGUGUCACUAAAAAGAGAUUUUACUUCACGACCAAAGUAAACUUUCCCUACUUCCAAGUUUUCAAGGUAUUACCAAAAAGGAAAGUAAACAAAAAAAGAAAAUAAAAAAAUAAAAAGGUAAUAGUGCGCGUGUUUGUGUGCGUGCUCUCGAUAAUAAUGGCCAAUAGCGAUUGAGAAUAUCUUCGCAACAAUCUGCGGACACAUUCAAUCCCGGGAAAAUGAUCCGAGAUUACUUGAUGCUGCUUUCGUGGUUUUGCGCGGUACAAGGAAAGAUAGGAUAUUUCUGGCACAUCACCGACAUUCACUAUGAUCCAAAGUAUGGCACCCAGGGAAAUUUUGGGAAUGUCUGCAGAAAUACGAAAAACACCAUCGAAGGGCAUCCAAGUAGACUGGACAGAAAGCUAGGACAUUUUGGUGAAUAUACCUGUGAUACGCCAUGGGCACUGAUCGAAUCAGCAGCACAGGCAAUGGAAACAAAACACGAUGAAGGAAUCGAAUUCGUCCUGUGGACGGGUGACGCACUGACGCGCACGGCCCUGACUGACGAGCUUCGACUGCAGUAUUUGCAGAAUUUGACCGAUCUGUUGUCCCGCACGUUCAAGUCGCAAUUUGUGUUUCCUGCAUUGGGACAUGAGGAAAUAGGGGUGAGCUUCCAACAGCUAUCUUUGCUCUGGCAGCAAUGGGUACCACAAGAAGCUAUGGAUACUUAUCUAAGAGCUGGCUAUUACACGAUCGAACAGAGUUCAGAAAAAUAUCUGAUAGUCUUCCUCAACACGAAUCUUUGGAUAAACUUAUCGGAUAAUCGAAUGGCACAUCGAACUAGCGGCAUCAACUCCGAUAACACGCAAGAUCCUUUUGGUCAAUGGGUCUGGUUCGAAUCGGUCCUAAAAAAAGCUCGUAAAGAAGAUAAAGCGGUAUUCAUCGUCGGUCAUACACCACCAGGAGAAGACGAUCGCGAAAGCGGUGCUGCAACCCUGAACGAGAGGCACAACGCCAAGUACCUUCAGGUGGUACGUCAAAAUGCGGACAUCAUACGCGGACAGUUCUUCGGGCACUGGCACUCUGACACGUUUCGUGUCAUCUACAGUGACACUGGAAAUCCAGUUUCUUGGAUAAUGAUUGCACCGAGUAUAACGCCAAAUGCACCGGGUGGACCUAACAAUCCAGGAUUAAGACUAUACAAAUUUGAAACUGGUACAGGACAAGUUCUAGAUUAUAAGCAGUAUUAUCUAGAUUUAAUGGAGGCAAAUAAGCAAGGCUCGGCAAAUUGGAAAGUCGAGUAUGCACUCUUAGAUUAUUACGAUCUGAAAGAGAUAACCGCGAUCAGCCUGCAUGAUCUUGCAGAUCGAUUCACGCAAUCCAGCGACUAUGCUUUCGUAAGGUAUUAUGCAGCUAACACGGUGCAUUUGCCGCGCGAAGUGGAAUCGGUUUGGGGUUGCGGUGGUCCACUGAACGGAGCCUGUGCUUUGCAUCAUUAUUGUACGGUAACUCGACUAAAUGCAGAAUUGUACGAGCAGUGUUACGCCUCUUACGCAUUUCCAUUGGCAUCGAGAGGAAUUUCUACAACGUAUUUCAAUCUGUCUAUCAUCAAUAGCUUAUUACUUCUCCUUAUGUUCUUCGUAAAUCUUCAGCAAAAUCGGUAGAAUGCGAUCAAGGAAGAACACCUUUCGUUGGAGCGGCUACGAACGAAGACAGCAGUCACCUAGGUCGCUUACACGAAUCUACAGAGAAAGAGAGAGAGAGAGAGAGAGAGAAACAGACAGAUAUUCAUACACACAGACACUUAUACUACACACUCGUGAACACAUUCACACAUUUAAACGAACCAUACAUACGCAGAGAAUACAAAUACAGCUACGUUUCUUCUUUUAGUCAUCGUGUGUCGUCCCCGAGAAUCAGGGUCGAAGCGCCCGCACUCUCUUCGUCGAGAUAAGUAAAUCCUCGUUCUAGGAUAGCCGACUAUAAUGGCGAACGUAUCUCGACGUAAAGAACACCGCAAAGCGCGAUCUCCUUUGUCUCCUUUCUUACUUUUUACCUAUCUACCAACCUAUACCUUACUUUCUUCUUUCUUUACUAACUUUAUCUUUCCCUAUCUCUAUCUCUCAUUCUUUUUUCUUUUUUCUUUUUUAACCUCAUAUAAACCUCUUUCCCAUCUAAAAUCUUUUUCUUUCUUCCCACAUCGUACAUGUGGGUACUCUCUUUCUCUUAUUUCGAGAAUCACAUCGUAUUCGUUGUUUUGUAGGAUAAAUGCGAAUAUCGUCGACCGAGAUGAUUGGAAUCGUUGAAAUUUUCUUACUCUUUCAAUCUUUCCUACAGCUUCACUUUCUUCUUACAUUUCUCCUUCCUCUCGCCUUUUUUUCUCCUUAUUUUCUAACUUCGAAUCGUGUUCGUGCCAUCGGCAAAACGAGAUUCCCAUUUCCAUUUUUACCCAACCUACCCCACACCUCCCAACCCACACCGCUACAUUACAAGAUCACGAAUCGAACUCGAAAUUUUCUCGGUCGACGUGACGCGGCUGCUGCUUUCCGAGAUUUUCUGUUUGAACACCCCCUUUCUUAGACCUCUUCCUACCCUUUUUUUAUUCUUUCUUUCUUUUUUCUACGACUAUUUCUUACUCUUAUUCUUUUUGUUACAUUUAAUACAUCUUACAGUGUUCUUCGAAUGGCCAGGACGUUGAUCGAAUGGAUUUUUUUCAAACACGAAUGACGAAUGGAUACUUUUGAAUCUUUUCUUUUGGUGUUCUCAAUUUUUGUUUGUUAUUGUUUAAUGUCGACGUUGUUAUUUUUGUCCUUUUUUUCUAAAGGAGAUAGGGCUUAUGAGCGGAGUCGACGACUUGGAAAUGUGACCACGUCGGAGUGCAUAACUUAAAGAGCCAUUAUAUUCGUACCACCAUUUUGCGAUUGUCGAAACGAUGCAGUAUUUCUUAAUAAAGGAUUCAUGGAUUUGUA